AUGGUCGGCAACAAGCACAAGAAUGGCAUCAUCUGCACGUAUCCGCACUGCAACAAGACGAUGCGCACGCAAAAGUUCAAGAUGCACUUCGUGAGGGCGCACCUGAAGAACGGAGAGGACUACUCCGUCGAGCACCGACGUCGGUACGAAGUCGCGCGGGAAGAGACCGCUCGUCAAGCGGUCGAGGCCACGAACCCAACCGAUGGGCUGACUGCGGCUGGUUCGCCAGUACUCCUUCCAAUAGCGACAACAGCAACGACAACAGCAACAAUAACAGAAGGAGAAGAAGGAGCAGAAGGAGCAGCAACAAGAGAUGGGGACGUUCCCAGUGUGGACGUCACGUCUUUACCGUCUUCAAGAUCACCCGUUCGAAACAAGACUUCCGUGACGUCGUACUCCAAGUCGGCAGCUGGCACAGUGGGGCAGAGCCAGCAGCUGCCACUGCCGGUGCAAGCGGAAGGGGUCGAAGUGAAGCGAGAGGAAACGAGCGACCCAUCCAGCACGCCAACUCCUAUUCGUGGCGGUGUUUCUACUGCUGCACCGAGUGGGCACGCAGGGGAGCAAGCACGAGGCAGCAAACGCUCAGCAGCAGCAUCGACGGUAGAGGUGUCUGCUGAGCAUGUCGACCCAACGAGUGCGCUAAUGAUGCAGUUUGUUGCACUCAUGGACCAGCGGUUUCAGGAGCUUGUGGGAAAGAUGGGCGAAAUGAUCGAUGUACAGAAGGAGUUGAUCGAUACCUUGCAGGCCAGUAACCCACAUGGAAAAGCACCAGCGUCGGCAUUCUCGCACGCUAUUGAUGUCGUGAUGAAACGACGCAAGAAAAACACAACACCUUGUGAUAAGGAGAGCCUGGGUGAAGACGGUGCUGGCAGAAGCCAUAGCGACACGGACGGCACUGGACAUUCUAGCAGCGGCUUCGAGUUGUAG